CACGUCUGAGUGGGGGCCGCCGCCGUUGACGCUGGUGUGGGCGGUUUCGCAGAUCCCUUCGGCGGGUACAUGACACAUGAAGCGUGGCCUCACACAGCCGUUCAGCGGAGGACGUCCAUUUUACAAGUCGGGGGAUACUAUGGCCUAUGUACGCCUGCUGGCACUUGUCACAUCCGCGGUACUGCUGGUAGCCGUAGACGACUGCCUUUGCAAUGGAGACCACGGCCACUCGCACACUCACGGCAGUCAGGUGAAGAUGCACCACGGGGCUAGCAAGUGGAGCGCAGAGGCUAACCUCCCUCCACCUGGAGAGGAGCAUCACGGCCACGCUCACGACCACGGACACGCACACGACCACGGGCACGCGCACGACCACGGACAUGCGCACGACCACGGACACGCACACGACCACGGGCACACACACGACCACGGACACGCACAUGACCACGGACGUGCCCAACACGAGAAUGUGGUUCGUGUGCACAAAGAGGAGCAUGGGCAUGGACACACACAUGGAGGGACGAAUGCAAAGAGGGAAGCGGAACGAGAGAAGAGGGACACGGUGGAGCUCUGGACUCAGGCUAUUGGAGCCACUUUGCUGAUCAGUGCAGCUCCCUUUCUCAUCCUGUUCCUGAUCCCAGUCCAGUCCAACACUGACCAGCACCAGCGCCUGCUCAAGGUGCUGCUUAGCUUUGCCUCAGGCGGACUUCUCGGGGACGCCUUCCUCCACCUCAUACCACAUGCUCUGGAACCACACUCUCAUGGAAGUGAAAAGCACGGCCACUCACACGCCAACAAAAAGUCACAUCAUCACGGACACUCUCAUGGCGCUGCCCACGGCCACAUGAUGUCUGUGGGUCUGUGGGUGCUCGGUGGAAUCGUGGCUUUUCUAGUGGUGGAGAAAUUUGUGCGCCUGCUGAAGGGAGGUCACGGACAUUCCCACGCACACUCACACGCUGCUACCAAAGAAAAGGGAAGCGAUGGAGAAGAGGAAAAGGAGAAGAAGAAAGAAGACAAAGAAAGUAAAGACAAGCGGGCACCAAAGCAACAGGAGAAAAAGAGCGCAGAUAUCAAGGUGUCGGGUUACCUGAACCUGGCAGCAGACUUCACGCACAACUUCACCGAUGGGCUCGCCAUCGGGGCCUCGUUCCUGGUCGGCCCGACAGUCGGCACCGUCACCACCAUCACCAUCCUGCUGCACGAGGUGCCGCACGAGAUCGGAGACUUUGCCAUUCUUGUCCAGUCUGGCUGCACCAAACGCAAGGCCAUGUGUCUGCAGCUGCUGACUGCCCUGGGAGCUCUUGCAGGCACAGCUUGCUCCCUGCUGGCUGAAGGAGUGGGAGACGCGGCAACGGCCUGGAUCCUGCCAUUCACGGCGGGCGGGUUCGUUUACAUCGCCACGGUGACCGUGCUCCCGGAACUGCUGGCGGGGCGCUCCAGUUUCGGCCAGUCGCUGAUGGAGAUUGUGGCCCUGCUUUUCGGGGUGGGCAUGAUGGUGCUGAUUGCUGAGUAUGAAUGAGAUGGUGGGGAGAAAGAGAGAGAGGGAGAGAGAAGAAUCUCAAAAGAGGGCGAGAGAGAAAAGAAAAAGAUUUAAAAAAAAAGGUGCAGUGUGCAGAAGAGGGCGUGAGAAGCAGGCAGGCAGAUGUUUUGGCCAGGGAUGUGACUAUAGGUUUCUUUUUUCUUUCUUUCUUUUUUCUUUUCGUUUUUUUUUUUUUUUUUUUUUGGACCCACAGCACCCAUUCAUUUGCUCCAUUUUCCUACUUUCGGUUUCUGAUCAUUUCUCUGCUGGAAAGAACAGCGUAUCUGUUCAUAAACUGGAUGGUGGUCCCAGAUGAGAGACCGAGAGCAGGGAGGAAAAACAACCAACCAACAAUGAAAAGAGGAGUAGAAGUUUUAAAGCCACUGUGACGUUACACAGAGGCCGUAAUGAGAGAAGAAGAAGCCAUUUUGUCCCCUGGCCACAGAGGGGAUGUGGUCUCAAAACGCAGUUUUAACAGCCGAGUGCUUCUUCAUGUGUAAAUAGAGUGGCUGCUUGACGCUCGCCAGAUGAUGGUGAAUUGUAAAUUUGGCUGCGGGCUGAUUAGAUGGAGUUAAUUUUCCAUCACCUAUUACUUCAUCAUGUGCACGAUCCAUUCCGGUCAGUCACCACUAAAUGGUAAGAGCACCAUUUUGAAACCUGGUUUAGGGUACAUAGGGCGUGACUGGUUGUCACGGGCUGGGUCAUGUCCUCUCACUGAAACCAAGUGAGGCAGAUGACGGUUGUCCAGUCAUAAUACUACAUUCUCUGGUAACGCACAACGUUAGAAACCUGGGACAUGUGAGGCUUCCUGUCCUUUCAGAGCAGUUUUGAGUCAUUUGAAUGUUUUACGGUUUUACAUCCUGCCGAGUAAACCGAUUUACCCUGUCGCUGUAGCUUUUGAGUUUUCUAACUUUGGUCCACUGGUGAAGCCAUUAAUUCUGAUGUUUUAACUGUCGAGCAGAUGUCCUUCUUCAGAGCAACUUGAAGUGAGGAGGUGUGGCGUCCGUGUCUUGCUAAAGGCCGCCCGUGAGGGAUAUGUGGGAUUGCUGAGGUUGAACCCGGGACCCCUGAAUUAAGGAACAUCUCUUUGACUAAGCUAACCUGUAGACAUAGAAACCUGCCCCCUUCUCUGUUGUGACCAAAAUAUGUCGCGUGCUUUAAACUUGACAUGAAGCCGUAAACCACAGACGUGACAGCGAGGCUGAUGACCCGAGCUGCUGCUGGAGUCUGAAAACGGCGUCGUCUGCACAUGACAGAAAUCAGUUUUUCCUCCAUGUGUUUGAUUCGUUCUGGUUCCACCUGUUGAUACACAUGCCACAUUAUUAUCAGAAUCAUUAUUAUUAUACAUUAUUAUGUCAGUUAUUUUUAAUGUUAUUCAGUUAUCACAGAAAUGUCCUUUUCCAGCAGAGGGGCAGAGGGACGCUGCAAACGUAAUUUCUUUCAUUGCUAAAGUGUAAAGGAGCGAGCCAAACUGAUGAUUAAUCACAAGUGAUGGACUGUAAAGCUCAGUGAAGACAUUUCCAUCUGUGUAUCUCCAGCAAAAAGUUGAAGUUCAGUAUUUUGGUGAUUCGUGCGCUUUAACUGCGUAUUUGUCUUCAGGUAGAGGCAUUCCACUGACAAUAGACACGGUCUUUCACGUAAAUACCCCUGCUGUUAGGUCCGUGCUGUUUGGCCUCAGCCACUGAAUGGAGGCCUGUUGAGCUGCAGCUGCAGGCCAAAACACCAGAGGGCGCUAAACUCACUUUACCGGUUCCUGUCCAAGUCUCAAUCGUUUGACAACUACUUGGUCUUGGUAAAUCCUCAGAUUAAACUAAAGCUUUGUGUAGUGUCAGUGUAACACACUGUUGGCAUCAUGAGUCAUACCACAGACAACACCGCGCUUAACAACAUACUACAGACAACACCGCGCUAAACACCGACAACACCACGCCUAACAACAUACUACAGACAACACCACGCUUAACAACAUACUACAGACAACACCGCGCUUAACAACAUACUACAGACAACACCGCGCUAAACACCGACAACACCACGCCUAACAACAUACUACAGACAACACCGUGCUAAACAACAUACUACAGACAACACCGCGCCUAACAACAUACUACAGACAACACCACGCUGAACACCGACAACACCACGCCUAACAACAUACUACAGACAACACCGCGCUGAACACCAUACUACAGACAACACCGCGCCUAACAACAUACUACAGACAACACCACGCUGAACACUGACAACACCACGCUUAACAACAUACUACAGACAACACCACGCUGAACGCCAUACUACAGACAACACCGUGCUAAACACAGACAACACCACGCCUAACAACAUACUACAGACAACACCGUGCUAAACACAGACAACACCACGCUGAACACCAUACUACAGACAACACCGUGCUAAACACAGACAACACCACGCCUAACAACAUACUACAGACAACACCACGCUGAACACCGACAACACCACGCCUAACAACAUACUACAGACAACACCAAGCCUAACAACAUACUACAGACAACACCACGCCUAACAACAUACUACAGACAACACCGUGCUAAACAACAUACCACAGACAACACCGCGCCUAACAACAUACUACAGACAACACCACGCUGAACACCGACAACACCACGCCUAACAAUAUACUACAGACAACACCACGCUUAACAACAUACUACAGACAACACCGCGCUGAACACCAUACUACAGACAACACCACGCUGAACACCAUACUACAGACAACACCAUGCUGAACACAGACAACACCACACUGAACACCAUACUACAGACAACACCGUGCUAAAUACAGACGACAACACACUGAACACCAUACUACAGACACCACGCUGAACACCAUACUACAGACACCACGCUGAACACCAUACUACAGACACCACGCUGAACACCAUACUACAGACACCACGCUGAACACCAUACUACAGACAACACCGUGCUAAAUACAGACGACAACACACUGAACACCAUACUACAGACAACAACACGCUGAACACCAUACUACAGACACCACGCUGAACACCAUACUACAGACACCACGCUGAACACCAUACUACAGACACCACGCUGAACACCAUACUACAGACAACACCGUGCUAAACACAGACAACACCGUGCUAAACGGCGUGCAGUUUAUAACCUUACAGUCAAAUAAGAUGCAGCGAAUGGGAAACGCACCAAAAGCCAAACUUCAUGAAUGAAUUAAUGUACUUGGAGGAAAGUGUUAACUGUUAGCUUCAUUUGUGUUUUAGUGUUAUCUUUUUCUUUUACGUGAACUCUUUCACUGGGUGGUUUGCUGAGUUUGGUCUGGAAGGACAGGACAGGUGCUGCGUCACGGUGUAGUGUGGCUGAAAACACGCCGCUGUGGGGGUUCGUCCCCCGGGGCCGGGCGGUGUCGGACGGUGUCAGACUCCCAGCAGCUGGGCUCCACUGACCUGAGAAUACGUCACUGGAAAUACGUCCCUGACCUCCGCAGAGGUCUCAGCAUCCUGUAUGGUAAACGCCACCCACUCACUCAGUCACCCACUACCUUUAAGGUGGCUAAAACAAACCCGGAGCGUGACGUGUGAACACUGAGUCGGGUCUGGUACAUUCAUGUUCCUUCUCUUUUCUUUAAUUUGUUCCUCCGACCAUUUUUGAUUUUUGAUUUUGCCUUUAAAAAAACACACAAGACAAAAUGUGGAUGUGAGACAAUCAGUGUGUCGGUGACAGAUCAUGUGUGUAGCAGCGGCUCAUCCACGCUGACGUUAGCCGGUCUUAGGCGGGUUCUGCAGACGGAACCACUGGACCGAACACACGUGUGACGGGAGGCCGUGCAGGCAGGCCACCCGGAAACGGAAAAGCCUCCAGAAAGGUGGUCUUACUGUCGGCGUGUCUGUCACAGAAUGUCUCUAGAGCGAGAAGCGGAAGUGCUCUCUUAGUUUUGCAGGGUU